GUUUUGAUAUUUUUUCUGUUUUUAUUUUGAGAUAAUUAUCUACUACUAUAAAAUAAUAUAGUUGAAGAUAUGUUCUUGUAAAAAUAAAACUGUCGUAUGAAUGUUAUCUAAUUAUAUGUAAUAUGUUGUAUGACCAGUUUAAACCAGUUGUAGAUCUUGUGUUGAACAAUUGGACAGCAUUACAGGUGGCUGUAGAACAGGGUUUGGGUGCGCCGGGUGGUGAAAAGACUGCCCAGCUAAUGUCAGUGUACGUCGCCCGGUACUGCGUUGAAAACAUAGUAGAUAUAGAAAAUGUUACAGAAGUUUUGGAAGACUUGAUGGAUGAGGAGUUCGAAACCGUCUGUCAUGAUAAUUCUCCUAAAGAAGUAGCGACGUUGCUCCUGCAAUACUUGGCACUGCUCAAGGAGGGCAGACAAGAGGAACUGCAAGCAAGGGUUGCUGCCAUGCCUACCUGUCGAAAGUGGUUAAAUCAGCCCGCCUGUUGUAAACCUAUACCACCACAGAGUCACGGCAAUCCGGAUGAUGACACUACUAGUAGCAGCGAUGAAGAUGACCUGUCAAACAAAUCAAUGGACGGUAAAGGCUCUUCAUUAAACUACAACACCGAACCCGAACUAGUGGAUAAAAAGAAAGAAGAUCUAGUUCGGACCGUAGCGAGGGCCAGAAGAAAAAAGGAAUGAGCAGGAACUAUCUUAGAUUUUAAGUAUGAAUUUUGUGACAUUAUAACUAGUCUUCUGCCGAACUUCAAAUAUAUUCUGAGGGUGAAGAAAAUAUGAGUACACAAAAGUAUAAAGCAGGUGGUAUGUCGCUCAACAUCCCACAUGGCGGUUAUCUCGUGAGUCAAGUCUGGGUACUUACUGGGCCUGUCCUUCUCGGCUUUCACGAGAUUUUCAUCAUGCGGGAUGGUGAUGUCGACGAACACGGCCCGGCGUUACGAUCGAUCUAUUAUUACAAUGAUUUAAUUUAAUUAUUAUUAUGUACCUACCUUUAGGGUGUUGCUUAUUUUACCAAAGUUAAAAUGUUCUAUGUCUCACCCCUUCAAAUUGUUCUCUGGUGCUUAAAAAUCAUUGUUAUUUUUUUUCAGAAUUUUUCGUAACAUUUUAGGGUUAUUAUACUCUAAUUACAAUACGGAUCUAUUUAUCCGAUAAUUAUUCUCUAUGACCGAGUGACCUCUUUUUGGCUGUGAAAUGUCUAUUGGCCCGAGCAAUAGACACGCCAUAAAAUUUGGCGUCAUCAAAUAGAACUUUCAGCAGAUGGGGAACAGUUGAUUGGAUACGAUCUCCCAAUAAACUUAAAUUCGAAUUCCAGCCUUCAGCAUGAUUAUAGUGGUUCUGAAUUGUCUCUUUUCACAACUCCACACAAGGCGAAAUUCAGAUCGAUUGAUCCAGAUUCUUCGCAUGUAUUUAUUAAAUUUCUUUAUAUGUGAGUGUGCACGGGAAAAGGUCCCUCUUUGUCAAUGCUAUAAAGCCGCUUUGUCAGUUUAUUCAUAUAAAGAUACAAGUAAAUCUCGCCUUAAUGGUAACCGACAAAGUGGGACGUUUUACCAAACACACUCACAUGUAAAGGUUACUGGAACUUUCAAUCAAUUUUGUCUAUUGGUAUUAUCGCGAGUCCAGGACAGAGGCUUACAUGACGAUUAUUAAUUUUGAUGUUUUUUUAAUUCCAAUUUUGGCUGCCUUUCGGAUUUGGAUUUGUAAAAAUGAUGAAAGCAGCCUUUAAGUUCUCUUCAGGAAAAACUGAUUUUAUUACAUUUCUGGAGGCAUUUGCAAAGUCAAAUGUACAUAGUUGUGUCUGUACAUAAAAUAAAAUUUCAUAUGUAUGUUGCUUUUUAUUAAGUAAUCAAAGCAUACAUAUAGCGCUAGCUAUCUGAUCGGUGCUGGUUAUGGUGGAUAGUACUUGAACGUCCCAUCGGUAAAAAAAUUCUUGGUUUGUUUCAUGAACAUCCUGGCCCCUUUAGAUGCUAGUAUCCUAUCCUCAUCAUUAUAAUCUACCAAAAGGAAUUGAUGGAAAUUUGCGGGAACAACCACCUCGAAGACAUGUUUGAACACACUUUUAGUAAUACCUUGAGUCCUUGCUCCGUAUAAACCGUUUUUGAUGUUUGAUAGCUUUUGUGUUUUUGUGGUUUCUGUGGCAGUGGCUCCACUAAAUGUAUUCCCUUAUUUUGCAAUUUACAGAUAGUAUCCUGAUAUUGCUUUGGAAUUGAAUGUACAUUUUGCGGCACAGUUUUCCGCAAUAAGUCAAUUUCUUUAUCCACAACGCUUCUAUUAAAAUUUGGAACUCAAUUCAAAAUCCAUGUGCCGAACAUUUUUAACAACUUAAGAGGGCAUUCAACGAAAACGUCGUAAUAAUGUAAAAUUGAUAGUUUUAGUCGGCAAAAUGCUACACUUUCCGUCAUCUAAAAGACUUAUUAAGUUCAGGAUU